CUCUCUCUCUCUCUCUCUCUCUCUCUCACCUGAACGCUUAGGUAACUGUCGUCAUGGAACUCCUCGCAGGUUUCUGCACUUUCAGUCUGCGCACCGUUUGUGUUCGUGCGCUGUGAAGUCUCAGAGUCUCGCGCUCGGGUUUGUGAUGAGCCUCGCGCCGCGCUGUUCGCCUUCUCUCGUCAGACCAGGAUCCUGGAAAUGAUGGACGACAGCAAGCAUCUCGCGCAGCGCGUCGACGGCACGAUCCAGUGUGCGAGUCAGGACGUGGCGAACGCGCGCGCGGAGCUCGCGGUCACAGGACGUAGUAGGCACGCUGAGCUCGAGGAGCCGGGAGAAGCGGGAGCGCGCGACGUAGGCACCUCGGAGCGGCGGCGGCGCCACGACUCCCUCAGGCAGAAAGGCACAGAGGUCAGCAACUUAACUGACCACAGCACCCAUGACACAUCACUGGAUAAAGUGCUGCUGCGUGAGGAAGUGCUGUGUCUUCAGGAGGAAGUGGCUGAGCUGAAGCGGAUGAAGGAGAUGUUGAAUAAGGAGCUGGAGGAGAGCGGGGGAGGCUGUUCUGCGGAGCUUCUCUCUGCUGCUGAGCUCCGAGUGCAGCUGUCUCAGAGAGAGCAAGAGCUGGACCGUGCCAAAGAGGCUCUGCACGCGAUGAAGGCAGACCGUAAGCGAUUGAAGUUGGAGAAAGCGGAGUUAGUGAAUCAGAUGCAGCAGCUGUAUGCCACGCUGGAGAGCCGUGAAGAACAGCUCAGAGACUUCAUCCGCAACUAUGAACAGCACCGCAAAGAGAGUGAGGAUGCAGUAAAGGUGUUGGCUAAAGAGAAGGACCUGCUGGAGAGAGAGAAGUGGGAUCUGCGGCGUCAAACUAAAGAAGCCACAGAGCUCGCUACUGCACUGCGUUCUGCACAAGACCUGAAGGAGAACAGAAUCAAAGAGCUGGAGGCUGAACUGACAAUGGCUAAGCAGUCUUUGGCUACGCUCACUAAGGACGUUCCUAAGCGCCACUCUUUGGCCAUGCCCACAGAGGCCGUCGUCAAUGGCAACCAGGAGUGGGUGAUGCAUGCAGAGCUGCCUCUAACAGCAGCCAUACGCCAGAGUCAACACAGCCUGUACCACACACUCGACAGACAGGUGUUAAAGGCUGGGCCUCCGUGUGUGUGUGACGUUGAUGGAGUGUGUGUGGCGCACUCCUCAGGCAGUCUGCGUCUUAGCCCCUGUCACUCACGGCAACCUUCACUCCUGUCAGACGCCUCAGCACUGGAGGGAGAGCGAUCAUCCACACCAUCUGAGCUUAACUCACCACGACACAGAACACACUCGCUCUGCAAUUCUUUAGAGGACCUGGAGGACCAGAAAAGGAGGAAGAAGAAGGAGAAGAUGGGCCUGGGUUCGCUUUCCCGUGUCUUUGCCCGGGGAAAGCAGAGGAAGUCUCUGGAUCCCGGCCUGUUCGACGGUACCAACACACCUGACUACUACAUAGAGGAAGACGCUGACUGGUGAUACAUCCAGACAGCCUCUGUGACCUGUGUGUGUGAGCGAGAGCGUGAUAGACUGAGUGUGAGAGAAUGAGAGAAAAGUGGGUGUCAGGUUGAGCCUAGAGGAGUAAAUGUUUGCUCCUUGUGUUGCUGGUGACUACAAAAGCACAAGUUAACUGAUAAGGCGAUCCUCACUGGAUUUGGAUCUGUGGAGCCGUGAACCGGAGCACAUCUCCUAACCUUCACAUCCCCCUUUACACUGACACUUACUAUGCUUGCUCUGGAAACUUGAAGGACUGCUGGUUUUGUAAAUAACCCAUUGUGGUACACAUCUGUGCUUGUAAAUUGUCUGUUGUCCUAAAUGCCUUUUGUUUAAUUAAUUUAACCAUAUCUGUUGUCCUGUUUGGGUCAUUGGCUAGGUCUGACCAUGUUAGUAGAGUUCUCCCUGCUGGGAAGUGGCAGGCUGCAGGAAGCCAGACAGGCAUAAAAGAUUUAGAGCCUCUCAAUAACAUGCAAACACAAUCCUCAACAGUAACACAACUCUGGAAAUCUUAACCCUUAAACUGCUGAAUUAGCAUUCAGUUAUUAAUCUUAAAGCUUAUUAUUCAUUAACUACUGCAUAAACAGAACAACAUUAGUGUAUAAAUAUAAACAGCAGAACAUGGGAUGGAGAUUUAAAAAUAAUUAUAAUUUUACAGUUUUUAAACACCAGUUUUGCAACGUAAAGAAAAAAAGUAAAGCAAAGUAGCCCCAAAAGUAUGUGAAAAGUGAAAAGUUUGGAAUCACUUGUCAUAUAAUAUUCAUCAGUGAUUUGCCAUGUGCAGCACUAUUGUUAUUCAUCAUAUAUAAUUCUUCUUAUCAUUUUUGUCCUCUAAUUUGUCUAUUUUCCCUCAAUAUGGGCACUAUUCUAUCGCUGGAGUGUUCAGUCAGGCAGAAUGGCAGGCUUAGUAUGUGGGAAAAAGUACCUUACUUAUAUCAUGACAAUACAAAUACUCUAGCCACACCCUAUUAACUAUGGUGGAUUCCAUAGCAACCACCCAGGAUACCAUAGCAACCAUGUAGCAACAUCCUAACAAACACUCUAGCAACACUGUAUUAACUUUGUGGGAUGCCGUAACAAGAUCCUAGCAAACACCUGGAACAUCAUAACAACCACACAGCAACACCUUUACAACUACCAGAGAUACCAUAGCAACUGGUUUGCAGCACCCUAGGAGCCACCUGUGAUAAAGCUGCAACACCCUAGCAAAUACCAUAGCGACUACUUAGCAACAGCCUAAGAAGCACCAAGAUUUCCAAAGCAGCUGCUUAGUAACACCCUAUCAACCAAAUGAGACAUUAUAGAAACUAUUUUGAAAUCAAAUCAAAUUUAUUUGUAUAGUGCUUUUUACAACGGAUGUUGUCACAAAGCUGCUUCACAGAAUUCCAGAAAAGACAAAGUUUUAACAAGAAUGUAAAAAAUGUAAAAACCCCAUAACACCAUAAUAACACCAUAGCAACCACUUGGAACAUGAUAACAACCACCUAGCACCUUCUAGCAACACCCUAUUAACCACCUGUAACACCAAAAAACUGCAACAAGCAGUCAACGUAGCAGUCACCUUGCAACAGCCUAGCAAUCACUUAGCAACACCCUAGCAACUACCAGAGAUACCUUAGCAACCAUCUAGCAACACUCUGGUAACCACCAAAAAUAUCAUAUCAAAUUUCAAGUGUAAGUUAAUUUUUGAUACUGUACAGCUUUCCCCUUUAUUAUGGAAUCAUCUACAGCUCAUUUCAACAUGAAUGUUUAAAGUGUCCUACAAAUUGUUUGAAAGAAUAUCUAAUAUUAGCUGAUUAUAAUCUUUUUAUAAAUAUAUCUGCAACAAAAUGUUUGCAAAUAUUCACAACAAGUAGAAAUUAGGACUAGAAACUCUUGGAUUAGCAUUACAGUGAAAGAUAAAUUGUUUCUGUAGGCUUACAAAUACAGUACGGUCUGCCAAUAUUGAUAUGAUUCAGAUGUCAUCAUUUAUCCCUAUUAAUAACACAGGUGGAACAGUGUGGUCAGAGUUGUACAAUCCUCAGUGACUAUAAAGCUACUAUGUAUGGUAUGCUGUUAUGAUACUGGGGAAUUAAAAUCAACCACAUUUCAGAAUAAAAGUUUUUUCUUCAGAAGUUUUGUCAGUGUUUGCUAAAGCAACAGUAGUCAGUGUGAGGUUACUGGCCAAGACCGCCUGCCAUGCCAACAGGAGCGCUCUGAACUGCUCUAAAAACACUUACACGUGGAAAGGAGGUUUCCCUUGAAUGCUGAUCCAGGACCAGCUUUGCUGCACAAAUAAUCUUCAUGUCCUUUCUACGCAAUUACAAACCUGGUCUGAGGUCGGUAACUAAGGGAAGCUUCCAUUCUCCUCUGCCUGCAUACAGAGGGAUGUCAUGGAAACAGUUGUCCUUACUGCUUUGCAGAUGAGGUAGGAAUGCUUGUCUUUAACAAAGCCCAACAUCUCAGAACUUGUGACCACAGUUUCUAUUUCUUUGCCCUUCUUUUGAAACAGAAGUUCCUUUUUGAUUCCAUGUUUGUGUAAAUGUGAAUACAGUACUGAGUGAACUGUCAGUGGAAGAGUCAGGUAGUUUUGAAUAGUGCAGAACAUCUCUAUGGCUUGUCUGGGAUUAGCUACAUCUUAGAGAUCUGAAUGGCAUGGAAACAAAUGUUAAAGUUAUUGAUAAAUAAAGUAUUUUGAAAUAAAUCCGGUGCCACAAGUGGAAGAGGCUGAGA